GGUAACCAAUGCUUUAAGACAGGGGAGCUAGUUAAAUUAAAUCUUUCUUCAUCCCAUUUAGAACCAUGUAGACCAUUUGAGCAAGUGCCUUGGAAAUUGAGUCGAAACGAAAGUCAAGUUUUUGCGCUACUUGUGGAUAACAAUUAUUUAAUGCACAAGCAAUGAAUCAGCUACCAAUUUUUCAUAAUAUCAGAUUUUGUUUACUCGGUCGCACAGGACAGUCGAUCAGGUUUCGCUAUGUUCCUGAUCCGGGUACGCUUGAACAGCGUUUAUUUCGAGAGGUCACAAAGCCCGUUAUACCACCUAUUAAUGUGAAUCCAGUCGAACAGCGUCUGCGCAGACAAGAAGAAAAUAGACUACGUCAAGAAAAUAAUCCAUACCGAAAAUUUCUGAUUGAGAGAGCCAAAGAAGAUUUUUUGAAGCCGAUGAAUAAUAAUAUGGUAUUAGUUUUUCAACAGUUGUGUCAUAAAGCUCGUGAAAUGGUGCCUGUAAAAAAUAAAUUAUUUUUAAAGGAUAUGCAUUUCAAAGGAUUCCCAUUAUCUAUUUUAAGAGAAGCUUCUAAAGGCACUCGUUAUGAAAUGUUUACACGCUAUAUGCUUCAUUCAAAUAUUCCUAACAUGUAUCUGUUUUCUGAGCCUACUCCUGAAAAAUGUCGUUAUGCAAUAAACAUAACCAAAAAAGUUCAUUUUCUUCUUUUGCUUGGCGGUAUUGUUGAUUAUAGGAUCAUGACUGUACAGCAACUGAAUGAGUUUGCGGCAUUGUCAUCUCAAGGCUUGGAUGGUGCACGUAGUCAUUUGGUUAUGUUAUUAGAGCAAAAUCGAGGCGGGCAAAUUGUGCAAGACUUAAACUAUCAUCAAUCUUUCAUUGUCAAUGGACUAAAAAAUUUGUAUGACGAAACAAAAAAUAGUAACGAGUCGUCUUCAUCUGAUUCAUGAGUCAUAACUAUUUCAAAUUUUCAGUUACCCUUUUUGUAAAUAUUUCGAGUGGAUAUUGUUAAUUAUUGUAAAUAUAAACAUUAUUAUAUGCAACAGUCACUUUUAAUUCAUAUAAUCUUAUUUUCUUAAAACUUUGAUACUUUUCGUUAUCUUGAAUAAUUUAUUAAAGCUGUGGUUUAUUCGUUCAAUCUCUCAAAUUUCAAUCAACAACUCAACACUUAAUCACUACGACCUAUAACGGUUUCGAUAGGUCGAUAGUAUUAGUGGCCCUAACACAAAUCACCUGGCUCUUUACAUAAUACAGUAACCUGUUAUUACGUGGCUUAGUGUUUUAAGCAUUUGGUUUCCAACUAUCCGAUUUCAUGUUCGAAAUCUGCUCUUACUACUCUUAUUCGGCUAGUAUUUGAAAAUGUACUCAAUCACGGCAUUACAUUACUUGAGUACGUAGUUACACUUGUACUUUGGAUUUCUAAGUGAAUGGACGCCUAAUGAUGAGCUUGUAUGCACAGCAUAAAUGGGAAUACACCUAUUUUUUAAAAUCUUGUUUAAAUUUCACUUUUUAUUAUUGAGUAAUACAGUUAUAAUUUAUGACCUAUUUUAGAGCUAAUUUCAUUAUUAUCACUUAAUCUGUUAAUUGAUAACUAGUGGUGGAAUACUAAACUCAAGUCUCAUCCUGUAUUAGGCACUAGUAGAUCGUAUGUACCUAGAUUUCAUUGGUGAUGUAGUUAUUAGUGUAAUACUUAUAACUCCAUGUGACACGGUUUUAUGUUUCUAACCUUUCAAGUACAGUUGGACUUUAGUAACGUAUCGAUGAACUUAAUUCAAACAUUGCUAAUGUGACUCGUAACAGGAAUAAAGUAUCCAAUUCAUUUCGAUUUAUUAAUCAGAUGGGUCAAAUAAUUUUAAUGUUAGAUUUUAUAAUUACUUGAUUCUAUUCACAACUUUCUGAUUUAGCUUUCGAAUCAAGAUUUUAUUUUUGAGAAUUCCAUUUCAAUUUAGCUACCAAGUAUGUUAAUUAUUUGUCAUUCCAACCGCACAGUCUAGUUUUCAUAUUUUAAUUCAAACAUAUCAAAACAAAAUGAAAGGUCACAUAGUUCUUGUCCACAAGGUCUACAUCUAUUUCUGUCUGACCAACUGAGUAUUUGUCUUGGUAUGUACGUAAAGGCUAUAGCUCACCAUUGAGUGUUCAAAGAACUAGAAGCAAAGGUUCCGCCCAAAUUCUCGCUUCGGUUUGGGCACCCGGGCAGUAUCGCAGCCCUCUCACAAAUCAAAUGAGAUUAGUGUGGCGUAUAUGUAUUUGGUACUUCCUUGUACCAAUAUCUAUGUGUUCAAACAACAAACAAAUCGCUUAAUAUUAAGGCUUUUCUCUAAUUUUGAAGCAAUUGAACUUUCACGUAGGAUUCGAAUCCGUAUCGUUCACUGCCUAACAAAAGGUGAUAUUACCUUCGACUGAUCAUAAAUUUCACAAAACCUCAAUUCAUUGUCUUGUCGAUAAAUAGAUACCAGGUCACUUAUCCUAGUGGGUACAUUGCAACAUGAGAGAUAGAAUACAGUCAGCACUAGGGAUCAGUUCAUGUAAAUGUAUUAUAUAUCUUGUUUGUAAAAAUAAUCGCUAUUCAUAUGUUUCCGUCAGUUGCACUUUGAUUUAAUUCUAGUUGGAUAUUCAUUUAUAUUUACCUAGUUAAUAUCUUCCAGUUACAAUGAAAAGUGAAGUUGUAUGAUAACUUAAAAAAAUUCUAACCAGCAGGAUUUGUUACAUUUUGAAUAUUCCGUUUUUUCUUUGUUGAAAAGACUUGUCUGUACACUUUAACGAUAGGUUUUUAAAUAAA